AUGGCGUGGGAGGAGGAAAGUGUGAAGGAAUGUUCUAUGUUACUUUCUAAUGUCAUUUUGCAGGUUAAUGUUCAUGAUUCUUGGAUUUGGUUGAUAGAUCCUUCCCGUGGUUACACGGUACGGGAAGCAUAUCGCUUUCUCACUGAUAAUGGUAACGCUGGGAAUAGGACUCUGGUUGAAGAUGUUUGGCAUAAGAGCAUACCCACUAAGGUGUCAGUAUUUGUGUGGCGCCUUUUCCGAAAUAGACUUCCUACUAGAGACAACUUGGUUCAUCGGCGAGUUCUUCUGAUAGCAGACUCGGUUUGUGUGUCAGGUGAUAUUCGGCGGCAUUUUACACAAUUCUCUAAUUUGGUCGGAUUGCCUAGAGCCACUCAUUAUUUCCUGAAAGUAAUCUGGUUCGCUUAUGUUUGGGCUAUUUGGAAGGAAAGAAAUAACCAUGUGUUCCAAGAAACGGUUUGUGAUCCUUCUUCUUUAGCUGAAAAAGUGAAGCUGAACUCUUUUAUGUGGCUGAAAGCAUCGCAUACAUCUUUUAUUUAUUCUUAUUAUGACUGGUGGAAACACCCAAUUCCUUGCAUGGGUGUUAUUGUGUAA